ACACGUGUGUAAAGAUGUCAUGGGAAAUCUAUGAAAACUGCGAUGGAUUUAGUGGCAAAAAAAUAAACAAAAUAGAGACCAUGGAUAUUUAUGAUCAAAUGUACAACAACGAAAGACCCAUCAUGCCCUGCAAGAAGGAUGGAGUUGCUGAUCAACAUUCAGUGUCUUGUCAGUGGUGGAAGAGAUACUCUGGAGCUGCUGCAGUGUGUCUGGGGCUGCUGUGUGUUCUCCUACUGGCUGGGAUCAUAGGCCUGUUUCUCUACCAGAGGAACCAAUUGACCAGUUCCAACACCCUGACUGAAGAGAGAGACCAGCUACAGACCAGUUCCAACACCCUGACUGAAGAGAGAGACCAGCUACAGACCUGCGGAAACAACCUUACUGAAGAGAGAGACCAGCUACAGACUAGCAACAACACCCCGACCGAAGAGAGAGACCAGCUACAGACUAGCAAAAACACGCUGACCAAAGAGAGAAACCAGCUACAGACCAGAUACAACACCCUAACCAAAGAGAGAGACCAGCUACAGACCAGUUACAACACCCUGACCAAAGAGAGAGACCAGCUACAGAAAGAGACAGAACGUCUGAAACAAUCUUUAGUUGAGAAAGUGUGUCCUCGAGGAUGGAAGAAGCUUGGUAGCAGUUGUUACUACAUCUCUACUGAGAAAAAUCCUGGGAGGAGAGCAGACAGGACUGCAGAAAUAGAGGAGCACACCUGGUGGUCAUCAAGAGCCAAGAACAACAGACAUUUGUCAAUUGGUUAUGCGGGGUAAAGAACUAUGUCUGGAUUGGUCUGACUGACUCUGUUACUGAGGGGACCUGGAAAUG